ACUCGGGCAUGCACCCAUUACACUUCGCCUCGAACACCAACCUCCAGGACCGGCGCUGGAGAGUGUGCAACGUGCUGACUGGCGAAUCCCUCCCAGAACGCAACCUCGAUCUCGUGGAUAGCGCUACGUGAUAGCCUGUUUUACGUCCAGUUUUCUUUCCCUUCUUGCUUACGGCGACGACGCUCUCUGAGACGGGACUGUGAUACCUCUGUCGAGGGUGCGCCUGUGCGACGGCGUCUGGCUGGUGCGUGCGUGUGUCCCAGGAUACUGGCUCGGAGUUUUGUAGCGCGGGGCAGGAAUCUGUGCUGGCUCGUUGACAAAGUCGUGGUCCGCUUGCACGGUCCGGACGCGCGUGAGCAACUGAGCCUGUCGUCUGGAGUCACGUUGGAUGUUCUUCCUUUCGAGUCUGUUCGUGCGCAGAGCCGAUAACGCGUCUCUUCCACGCGACCCGCGACCCGUCAUUAUGGUUUUCCAGCCUAUUCGGAUCAUCCUCACAUCUGCGAACAGGAUCAUAUACUUGCGAUCUUACAGUUUGGGCGACAGUGUACUUCGUAUCUUGUCGAAUUUCUAUACCCAUCUCGACAUUCGUGUGUCCUGCUUCUUAUCGGGUUUUCGUGGUAUUCGACCGUUUCAGGGACCCACGGCAAGCAUUGAAUAUAAUCGGGAGGUACUACAAGGGUUUACACGCUCUGAUCCUAUCUUGGCUGCAUUUUAAUACGGCUUUGCCGAUUUCUCUCGCACUUUCCUCCCAUGGCAUCUGACGGCCGAUACCUCUACUAUCCAUACAACGGAUACUCAGCGCCCGGAUCGAACUACCCGCCCCCUCGUCCGCUACGGUCCGACUCGGGGUCCUCGUCAUCCCAGCCACCCCAGUCACCGGCGCAGUUCAGCCAGCCAACAUCAGGCUCCUACACUUCUCAGCAGUCGCCACAGUCGCCGGUUCGCUAUAGCCAGCCGCCUGCGCCAUCUUAUGGAGCUCCUCCUCCACAACAGUACAAUUCUGGGCCAAGUUAUAUAUCGUCAGCGAACACGACGGGGACACAGCAAUGGUCGCCCUCCUCGGUGGCCCCAUCGCAGCCCAUCGUGACUCCGUCGCAGCCACAGGCGGGGACCAGCACAUGGAGCACUCAGACGUACCAACCGCCGCCUCCUCCGCCGGGACCGGAGAGACAGGCUCCACCGCAACAACAGACUCAGCCGCACUAUACGGUGCCCCCUCCCCCUCCUCGACCUGCCUCAAACGAGCAAACGCGAGCCUGGAAUCACCCGCCAUAUGACUCCCGCUCCCGAUUGAACGAGCCGCAGCAACGCAUGUACCCACCGCCGCCUGUUCCGCCGCCCGAGUCGCCGGACAUGCGGUCGAGUCGACGCCGCUGGGAGUCCUCGCCGUCGCCCGAUCAUCUGGCCCCAGCGAUCAACUUCCACGAGCUGGUGAACUCGUAUCACCGCAUUCUCGAGGGGGCGAGGACAGACGCCCCUGUCGACCGCAUGCUCCAGAAUGCAUCGUAUGGUGCCCAGGUGCUGGAAAGUGCCAACAUCCCGGCCGUCGUUCCACGCGCCAUCCAGCCGCAGCCACAGCCACAGCCACAGCCCGAACGCGGCCGUAUCGAAGCACCGAGGCCGAUCGAGCCGCCGCAGCCGCCGCCACAGCCAGAGCGCAAGCGGACGCCCCCGCCGCGACGGCUCGAGCCGGCGCCCCCGCGCGAGAAGCCGGUGUUGUCGCCGGUGCUGGCCGAGGCCCCUUCGGCGCUGUCCGCGACAUCCUCGGUGCUGAUUCUGUCGAAUCUCAAGAAGGGCGACGAGUUCAUCCACACGGUGCCCGGGUCCGAGUCUACUACGCCGCUCAAAAGCGGCGUCCCCCAGCAAUGCCUCGGGUGCCAAGCGACGUCGACGCCCGAGUGGCGUCGCGGACCGAUGGGGCCCCGCACGCUCUGCAACGCGUGUGGGCUCGUCUACGCGAAGCUGGUCAAAAAACGGCUGCGUGGCGAGGCCGGGGCUGGCCCAUCCGGCAGUCGCGGACAAGAUGGGCCAUCACCCGUGUCGGAUGAGCAGCGACGGUGAUAUCGGCCUUAGGCCGUCUAUGUUGGUUCGCUUUCGGUUGUGUUUUUUUUGUGUUGUCAUCUGGGGCAUUGUCGAGACCGUUUAUUAUGUAUGCUCAUGUUCGGCGUGAACCGUUUUCGACACGGGGACCGUGGUUGCGACACCUCGUGUAUAUUGUAUACAGUAAUCGUGGCACGCUGCUUGAACCUGAAUCAGUUGCGGUGGAUUAAAAGUACAAUGCGUAUGGAACUACAGUACAUCUAACUAUAUAAGUCGACAAAAAACCCGAUAAAGAUAUAAAAAACCCAUCAUCGACCGGGAGGUUGGCCCUUGACAGGGAUCUGAUGGUGCUGCUGCUGUUGUUGCUGCUGCUGCUGCUGUUGCAUAUGCUGUUGGGCGGCGCCAUUGGCGUUUAUCAUCUGCAUGGCGAGCCCGUUCAUUUGCAUCGCAGCUGCGCUCUGCGGAUGCCCCGCGGCCAUCUGCCGCUGCUGCAUGACCAUGUGCUGCCACUGCGCCAACUGGGUGGCGUUCAUCCCGUACCCGUGGUUGCGGUAGUACAUCGACAGCUGCGCCUGCUGCUGAGGCGUCAUCCCGCUCAUCAUUUGCGCAGCCUCUGUACCAGCAGAUCCACCACCCGCUGCUGCUGCCGCCACCGCUGCGGGUGAUCCAGCAGGGCGCACUGCGCCGUUCGGCGGGCGAGGCGAAUUCACACCAUUGGGCCGCAACCCGGUGUUGGCUGGCUGGUGGUACGUGUAGUUCAGCUGCUGGCCGUUGCCGUUCUGCUGCGGCUGAUUCGGGUUUCCGGGGGGGAUGGGCGACCGGGCAGCGACGAUCCGCUGUUGUUGGUUCAAGGUGGGCAGACCGCCAUUGGCGCCGCGGUUGGCCAUCGCAGCCGCGGCUGCAGCAGCGUUCAUGUUCAUAUUCAUGCCCAGAUUCAUCGGCUGGGCCGGGCGCGGUGUCAAUCGACCGUUCGGUUGUUGUUGCUGCUGUUGCUGCUGCUGCUGUUGGGCCUGCAGCGCAGCCGCUCUCUGCUGUUGCAAUUGCUGUGCAGCCAUGAAUAUCUGCUGCGACUGGGCAUUUUUCAUCACUCCACUCG